AUGGCGCCAUCUGUCUUCCAAUUGAGCGGUACCUGCAACAAUUAUCCCUGGGGCAAGAAGGGAAAGCAGUCUCUCGCCGCUCAACUAUGUGCCAAAACUCCAGGCAUUGAAUUUAGCGUAAAAGACGAUGAGUUUUACUCGGAAAUGUGGUUUGGUGAUUAUCCGGAUUUCCCAGCCCGCAAACUCGACACAGGCGAGCUGCUCAAGGAUGUGAUCGAUGCCAACAAGGAGCAGCUCCUAGGACAGAAGGUCAUUCAACAUUAUGACGCCCAGCUACCCUUCCUGCCAAAGAUUCUAUCCAUUGCCAAGGCUCUGCCUCUGCAGCUGCAUCCAAACAAGGAACUGGCAACCAAGCUGCACAAAAAGGAUCCUGAAAACUUUACAGACCCAAACCACAAGCCUGAAAUAGCAGUGGCACUGUCAAAGUUUGAGCUGUUUGCUGGGUUCAAGCCGCUCACGCAGAUCGAGCCGCUGUUCAAGCUGAAGCCUCUUCAACACUUUGUGCCUGCCAACACGGGGAGCUGGAACGACGAAACUCUGCGAAAUGUAACGCGGACCAUUCUCAAGACAGAUCUCGACGAGGUACAAAAGGUCCAGGAUCAGCUCGCGCAGGUUCCCCGGUCAGAUCUCGGCGACGCGGCGUACAUUCUAGACCUGCUCCCUCGCCUGCAGGACCAGUACGGCCGCGACGACGCCGGCAACCUGGUGGCGCUGCUGCUCAUGAACUUCCUAGUCUUUGACGCCGGCGACGCCGUCUACAUCCCCGCCGACGGCAUCCACGCCUACCUGUCGGGCGACAUUGUCGAGUGCAUGGCCCGGUCCAACAAUGUCCUCAACACGGGCUUUUGCCCCCCGGCCGACCGCAACAGCAUUGACAUGUUUGCCGAGACUCUGACCUUCAAGGCGCACAGCAAGGACGACGUGAUUCUGCCUAGUCAAAAAUACGAAAAGAGCAAACACGGAAAGACGGUCGUCUAUAAGCCCGCACUGAGCGAGUUUGACAUGCUCAAGACUGAUCUCGAGGCUGGCGAGAAGGACGAAGUGUCUGGAAGCGAAGGCCCGGGCGUCUUGAUUGUCACCUCUGGAAAGGGCAUCAUGAAAGCCGAUGGCCAAGUCCACAAGCUGGAAGAGGGAUUCAUCUACUACGUUGCACCUGGCGUGCCAGUUACGUGGGAAACCGAUAGUGGACUACAGGUCCAUAUGGCUGUGAUAUAA